CAGGAGGGUUGUUGACGGUAGCAAUCCAGCGGGUACCAUCACAAGAUAAAAAAGCUGAUAGGCGACGUUGGCGAAAUAAAAGUUGCAGAUCAAAUGAUGGUGAAGCCGAAGCAAGCAAAGGAGCGAUGCAGGCCACUUCUACGCACCCCCCUAUCUCCUCCUUCCUCCCCAAAGAUUCUCGUCACCUCUACUGCGUUCUGAUCAUCGCUCUCGCUUGCUGCUUACUCUUCCUCCUCUCGUUCUAUCCCUCCUCCUCUUUACCUCUCCGAUCCUCAUCCUUUUCCGCAGCCGACGCGGCUGCUGACGCGCUCAGAACAUCAUCUCUGCCCGCUCCUCCAUCCUUCGCCUACUUCCUCUCUGGUUCUACAAACGACGCCGACCGCCUCCUCCGUCUAGUCCUCGCCAUCUACCAUCCUAAAAACCUUUACCUUCUCCACCUCGACCUCUCGGCGCCUCAGGAACAGCGCGAUCGGCUCGCCCGCGAUCUCCAUGCGGUUCCCGCCUUUAGAUCCGCCCGCAAUGUCCAUGUACUUGGGCACGCGGACUUCGCUAACCCCAGGGGAUCCUCUGCCCUUGCUUCCACGGUUCACGGCGCUGCGGUGUUGUUGCGCCUUUCCGGAAAAUGGGAUUGGUUUAUCAACCUCGGAGCUGAUGAUUACCCACUCGUGACCCAGGACGAUCUUCUUCAUGUGUUUUCUUUCCUCCCAAAGGAUCUCAAUUUUGUGCAACAUAGCAGCUAUAUUGAUUGGAGGGAGUCCCGUAAGUUAAAACAUGUUAUUAUUGAUCCUGCUCUAUAUUUAUCUUCGAAGGCUGAUGUGUUUUAUGCCACACAGAAGCGUGAUUUGCCGAAUGCCUACAGGAUAUUCACAGGUUCUUCUUCUGUGAUUCUUAGUCGGAAAUUCAUAGAGCACAUCAUCUUGGGUACCGACAACUUACCAAGAGCCCUUCUCAUGUACUAUGCCAACACUCCAUCAUCUCACAAUAACUACCUCCAAACUGUUCUCUGCAACUCCCCAGAAUUCAAUAGAACCAUCGUCAAUGAUCACCUCCAUUAUUUAAGAUCAGACUCAGCUCCAAAACAAGAUCAAAAUCUUCCAAUAUCGGACAUUUUGAAUAAUUUGACACUUAGUGGUGCUGCCUUUGGUUCAAAUUUUUAUAGAGAUGAUCCUAUUCUCAACCAAAUUGAUAAAAAUGUUCUAAAUCGCGGUCGCAGGAGGAUAGUUCCAGGAGGCUGGUGCUUGGGUAGAGGUAAUACUGAUCCAUGUGGCGUUUGGGGAAGCCCUGAUGCCCUAAUUCCUGGUCCUGGAGCCACAAGACUUGCAAGGAAUGUUGUGAAACUGCUUAAGAAUGAGAGCUUCCAUUCUCAUCAAUGUGCAUGGGGUGGAUCUGUUUAAUACGGAAAAUUAUUAGGUCCGGAUGAGAUACGUCCGGUGUCCAAUAAAAUAUUUGACAUCUGGAAUGCAUACGUGCCCGUGGAAUUUUAAGUCAAGCGCGUUAAAAGCGCAGUCAAAAAGUGCAUUCAAAGCGCAGUCCUCGUGAUAAAUUUUAAUUGGAUAUAGGUCCGGUGUUUGGACCUAAUAAUAUUCCGUUUAAUACAAGGUACUAAUUCUUGAACCAGUUAAAAUUUUGCUAUGCUUUCAUUUCUCUUAUUACGUGGCUUUUAUCAUAGCAAACUUCAGCAAUUUAUUGCUGCUGUAUUCAUCUUAAUUGUCUACAGGAGGGAUUCUACUGUUUUGUGUUGCAAUCAGUUAACAUUUUGUUUCAGAAAUUUCUAUCUGUAAGUGUAUAAAGUCCAUUCUGUAGGCCUCAUCUA